AUGAAUGCAUUCAACUGUAUACUUAUGUAUAUGCAAUACUUACACAUGAAUUAUGUGCUGAGCAAAUGCGAAUUUAAAAUAAAAAUUGCGCAGCAGCCAGCCAACAUCCAAGCUACGGCGAUCACGUGCCUGCAGUUCAAGAUCUGCGCUGUACUCCUGCGCAUUGGCAUAACUGCUGCAAGUGGCGAGAAGCGCGACGCCGAGAAGGAUUUGUGUUCUACACAUCGCGUUCAAAUGGAAACACUUCAACCGAAGCGUGAUCGCCGUAGCUUGGAUGUUGGCUGGCUGCUGCGCAAUCUGUUGCUCAACAGCGCCACAGCGAGCGAAGUGAAGGCGAACGUUACGCGCAAUAAUGUCGCGGCGCAACGCGCACCACCGCCGCCGCCACCUACAACUAGGCGCCCAAGGCCUACAACUACAACUCCGCCUCCAAGACCGCCGCCACCACCACCACCGCCACUCAAUCCGUUUUUCAACAAGUUUGCCUUAUUUGCCAGUUCAGCCAAUUUAUUUACGCCACCGCCACCACGCUCUACAACUACAACAACCACUACUACAACAGAGGCUCCUACGACAGCGCCGCCACCACCUCCACCGCGACGUCCGCGUCCGCGGCCGAAACUACGCCCAACGCAUGGCUACGAUUUCGAAUACUAUUAUCCGUCUGGGUUUGAUGGCUUUGCAGAGCGUGGUGGUCCGCGCGCUGAACCUUCUGAAUACGAUUUCGAAGAUGCGCCUGCUCCUCAGCCACAACCGCCGCCUCCUCAGCCAUCCGCACCGCGCAAGACGGGUCGAAAUCGUCAAAGGCCAGCACCUCCAGCGCCAGCGCCAACACAGCCUCCUACGCUGCCACCAGUUAGGCGUCGUCCAACAGCACCUCCAGCGGCUCCAGCACCGCCACCACAACAACCACAGCGCGCCCGAGUACUGUAUCAGUACGCACAGCGAGACGAUACCUCCUUCAAUGAUAACAACAAUGAUGCAGCCGAACCACCCGAACCCGCACCAGAAGAAGCAGACUUUCAGCAACAGGACGAUAACAACAAUGGGGGGCAAGAUGGCGCUGAUACCGCGAACGGAGCUGAGGAAGGCGACGAUGCAAUUGAUGGGGAUGAUACUGCCGACGGCGGAAAUAAUGAAAUUCCCAGUUUCGAU